GUACAACUCUCCGUGAAGUCAUUCUUAUAAUAUACUGAAUGUUUGGAAUUUGUUAACUUCGUUCCGCUCUUCCCUUCGAAAUGGGUUUCCCAAUUAAUUACCUUCUGCAGCUGUUACAGUCCGUUACAUACCACUUCCUUCCCGUGGAUGGAGGAAAGUGUACCUUCCUCCUCUUCAACACCUGCCAAUCCCACUGUAACAAUAAUAACAACAACUGCUCCAUGAGCAAUAACGGUAGCACCACCCCCUUGGGUUCUCCUCUGACUCUUGACAACCUCAGCAUCGAGGAGGUCUCGAACAAGACUCAGCCUGCAACUAUGCCUUUACCUAUUAAUCCCCGUGCAUUGGCAUAUCCCACCAUUGUCUAUGAGACACGAAAGAAUCCUCCCGCCGUGAAGCACUCGCUGGCCGAGUCUUCCAACGGCGAGGCGCAGCCAGAAGACGAUGUGCAACGCUCCAUGGCCAGGAGGAAAAAGAACGAGCCGCCCAUGGACAUCAAUAAGAAGUGCAGCUACUGCGACAAGGUCUUCAAACGUCCGUGUGAUUUCACCAAGCAUGAAAAGACACACUCGCGUCCUUGGAAGUGUCCUGUCGAAGACUGCAAGUAUUAUGAGACUGGCUGGCCAACGGAGAAGGAACGCGAUCGUCACGUCAACGACCGUCACUCAGUCAACCCUCCAGCAUACAACUGCAAGUUUAGUCCAUGUACCUAUACCUCUAAGCGAGAAAGCAAUCUCAAGCAGCACAUGGAAAAGGCUCACGGCUGGACCUACGUCCGAUCCAAGAAGAACGGCAAGCGUGGACAGACUCCUACCUCCGCGUCUGAGAGCUCGCCCAAUCAGACUACUCCACCAACUCCCAACAUGCCGCUCACUCCGGCCAUGUCUACUCCCGUCUCUAGUCUGAGCACUGAGCUUCCUUCUCCCGCUAGCGGUCAUAUGCCUUCUCCUUACAACCAGCACAUGUCUGCAAACGAGCCUGUUAUUUAUCGGGGCAAUUACGUGGAUGGCUACACCAACAUGGCUAAUGGCCAGCCCUUCAACUUUGCCGAUCCACCAAUGAUGUCUGGUUACGACUAUUCCGACUUUCAACUUUUCCCGUCUGGUGAUCUCGACAACAUCAGCUUGGAUCCUGUUCCUCAGGCGACCAUCGAUGACUUUUCUGCCUUUAACCAGACUCUUGACACUUCCAAUGCUCACGAGUUAACCCAACCUCCAAGCGCCGACAUGAGCUUGGAUCAGUUGGGUCAGGAUAGCCUCAAUCCCUAUUGCUUUGACAAUGAGUUUUACAACUACCAGUCCAACGGGAUGGCCGACUUUCAACCUACCAAUGGAAUGCCCGACUACCAGUCUGUCAAUGGCAUGGCUGACUUUCAAUCGGCCAACGGGAUGCCUGACUUUCACACACACAACGGGAUGCCCGAAUAUUAAAUAUACAAUCGAUACAUCAUCAGCAUCAUCAUCAUUACACCGGACGACAGAUCGCCCAGAUUUAGAGACGUGACAUGACUAUUCUUUUUACCUUCAUAUUCUUCCUAUUCUUAGCCUGUAUUUCUUACCAUUAGCGAGACUUGCUUUCUUCUUUGCUAUCCAUUUCAUCUAUCUUCAGAAAGAAAGGAUUUAUCAUAUUUUUUUUUGGCGUGGGUUGGUUUUUUUUUUUUUGACAUGCAGACUGUCUGUACGACUUUUGUGUCGCCUUUUUUUUCCCACUCAGACAUCAAUUCUGCUCUUGCUCAGUGUUAUACGAUGUAUUAUCGACUGAAUCAAUCAAUAUUGAAUCUC